GGCCCUGCCUGCGGAGCCGCUUGCGGCUUCCACCUUGCUUCUCGUCCUCUCCGUCCUCUUGCCCACAGCGCGCUGCCUCCACCCUUGUGGAUGCUUUUUAUUUUCUCCCCAUACCUGGUUCCCUCGCCCCCGCCAUCACUUUGGUUGUCAGGAACCGCCUCGCGUCUUCCUUCGGUUUCUCCCUGUGGGCCAGUGUUUUACUUAAUUUUUCGUCUUUAAUUUGAGUGUUUGAAAGACUAAAAUUCAAGAUGAAAAAUUAAGACUUAAAAAAAAAAUACCCUUCUAAGCUUGAAGAGAUGAAGAGUUCAGGAUGCUUGUGUUUGUCCCCGUAUAAACUUAAAUCAAGCACAUGUACCGUGGAAUGCGAUUCUAAAGACCAAUUUCAAACACACUAAAAAUAGGGUGCUUUAAUGGAAAUUUUGGCAGUCGUUUAACCUAUUGGGCAAUUUAGAAGACCUGAUUCUUUGAAAGUGAUUUCAGUGUUUGAAGCUUUAGCCAUUAUCUUUGCCACCAAAACAGCCAAUCAGCUUCCUGCUUUAAAUACGUGCAAUCCUUUUUGCUUACUGUACUCGCAGCAUGAUUGAGCUUGGCAUUUUAAUGCACAGGGAAGGGUUUCUAAGGAAUGUGUCACCAAGCAAAUAGGCUGAAGAUUGUAUGCCGCUGAUGGAGUUCAGCUAAGGAAUUGACUGCCUAGCACCGCCUAGUUUGGAUUAUGAAUGUGUUGAGACACCGAGGAAACGAGCUAAUCAGCUGUUGUGGAAGCCCUGGGGACUCAUUGAUCUUAGUUUUCUUCCAUUCUUGUUUUGUGCAGUUUUCUCAUUGACUGUUUUCUCCAAGUGACUUUGACAUUCUCUAAACACCUGAGAAAGCUCCCGCUACCCUUUGCUGAACUGUCUUGCCGUCUAGCCUUAAAAAAAUUUUCAUAUAUUCAGAAAUGCACUGAAUUUUACCCUGAGAGCCUUGGAGGUCUAACGUUUUAAAAUCAAAUACAGCAGAAUGAUGUUUUCAAGUAGAGGAAGGACAUGGUUCCCUCACAGAAAUGUGUCAUUUUAAAGGGUUUUUCCCUUUAAAAAUUGUUUUAAAUGCUUGUUUUAAAAUGCACUUUCUUAUUUCAUAAGUCUGUGGACCAAAGUUAGUUUACUCCUGGAGGAACCAAGUUAGUUUUUUAAUUUUGUUUUUGAGUGCUGACAUUUUCCUUUGGUUUUGGAAAAGAAUUUGGUUGUAGUAAUUAUUUCCCUUUUUAUAGUGUCAGUGUUUACUGGUUUGUGGUUGAAGGUGCUGGAAUAGUAGACAGAAUUCAUAAACAUGUUAUUUUACAUAAUAUUAUACAUGUUAUUUUCUGAGGCCCUAGGUGCUGGAAAUGAAGGAAAUGUUUGCUCUACUUUAAAGAUAAACCUUAUAAUUGGUAUUAGACUUACUUUAUUGUAAAAACUUGCUUUGUGUAUUUUCUUAUUUCAAAAGGUGUGGUUUUUGCAUCUUGUGCUGUUUUUACCCUUUUGAAGUAAACUUUUUUAAAUGGUGCCAGAAUAAAGUAAUUUGGAGAAUUUUUGUAAUAUUUUAAAGUUACCUUUCUUAUUGGUAGAGAACGUAAAAUGUCUUUUAUUUUGGCUUUUAAAUGACAGCUGUUAUAGGGAAAUACCAAGUGAUGAUUCUAGUUUACGAUCAAAGUUAAGGCUGUAGGAUUAUAACUACAGAAUGCAGUAGAAACAUCAUAUAAGCAACGUAAGUUUUCUAGUUCUCACAUUAAUAAAGUACAAAGACCCAGAUGAAACUAAUUUUAAUAUAUUUUAUUUAAGUUUAUAAUUAUUUUAACAUGCAGUCAGUUAACGUUGUAUAUAAAUCUGUGCAAUCCGACAUGCUUUACUCUGGUUCAGAAUGCUGUGUAGUAGCAUGUAGCUGAUGACUCCCUAAUUGCACAGCACAUAGCUGGUGAUAUGCCAGGUAAUGCGUCCAGUGCCUUCCUGCUCUGAGAGUCUUAUUCUGAGGGGGUGAAUUCAAAACUCCUUUUCCUCAAAGUGCUGUGAAAUUCAAACCAGGAAAUCUCGGCAGUUUGUUCCUCUUGGUGUUGGCUGUGUUGACACUGAGCUCCAUCCUUGUGUAGUGAGCGCUGGGGCCCAGUGCUUGUUUAGUGAGGAUCAUGAGAUGAAUGGAGUGCUCAGUCAUUUCCUGGGAUGUCGUUGUUCGAGUUAUUUACGUCUGCGUGUCAACAGUGUGUCAGUGCACGCUGUGAGUCCUUGUCUAAGUCUGUUGGCAUUAAGCAGGGACAAUCAGAACCUCCAAGAAGACUGAACUCUCUCAUGGGCAAGUAGAGUACCUGCUGUUGUGGACUUUUCUGAAUCAGUGUCAGUUGCAGGGAAACAACCAAGGGAAGAGGAAAAUCAGAGAUCACUGAGAAUCGACAGAGGUUAGAAAAUGAAGUAGUUUGUUCUCCUUCAGUCAUUGUAGACAUGGAAGGACUUUAAUGAAACUUUAAACGGUUCAACAAAGGAUGCUCUAAUGGAUGACAGUGAUACCCCUACAUAUAAUCUGCAGAUAGAACCAAAAGAUGGGUGUCUGCCUGGUGACAGCGUGGAAAGGACAGUAACAUGCUUGGCUCCUGUGUCAGAUGAAAAUGAAAAUCAGCUUGAUGGGGGUGGGCAGGAGCACCUGACCUGCAGUGACAGCGCAAUGGGAAAACCUGAAGUGUCUCAGCAGGACAGUCUCAACAAUAAUGAAAGUGCUAUACCCACCUGUGAGGCAGCUGCAGGUGAGAACUUGGAAAACACUCCUUGUGAAGUCCCCAAAGAUGGACAGACCUUCUUUGGAAAGGACAAAAAAACAACUGGGAAAAGAAUUUCAAGAAGUAAAAGAGGCACUGUCAAGAAGAUACCACAAGGACUUUCAUCAGAAGUUGCUGCACCUUUAAUGCAAGAAAUGAUACAAAGUGCAGCCACUCAUGCUGCUGAUGAUGAAGAGGCUGCUGAAGUAAAUGCUAACGAUCAACCAGAAUCUCCAACGCUAGUUCUGCAAUCAUUGUUCUCACUUAUACGAGGUGAAGUUGAACAGUUGGAUUCAAGAGCACUUCCCCUUUGCCUUCAUCAGAUAGCAGAAUCCUAUUUUCAGGAGGAGGACUAUGAGAAAGCAAUGAAAUUCAUUCAGCUUGAACGAUUAUAUCAUGAGCAAUUGCUUGCAAAUCUUUCUGCCAUUCAAGAACAGUGGGAAACAAAAUGGAAAACUGUACAGCCACAUACAGUUACAUCUCUAAGGAAUUCAGAAAAGGGAUUUAAUGGUGAAGAUUUUGAACGGCUUACUAAAUUUUGCACAACACAUCAAGAUCCUCUUUUAUCCAAGCAUAAGAUAGCAGCUGUAGAAAAAUCCCUGGGAAAAAAAUGUUUUCCACAGUUCAGAGCCCCCGAAGAUCCAAAGGAAAGAGGAGCUACAGCCAAAGAGUUGGAGAGUGAACCGAGUACCAACCGAGAAAGCCAACAGCAAGAAGAUCCCCGGAAGAGCAGUCCCUGCUGUGAUCCCAUGGACGAGCAGGCAGUCGCUGCAGCAAAGGGCCACACGGAGGAGCCGCUCCUCAGCACGGAGGCCACGCUGGAGCUCCACGCCCAGUCCUCGGAGACAGCCAGAAGCAGGUCUGGGCCAGGCUCCGCCGAGAAUGCUUGUGCGGAUGAUAGCUGCUUGCAGCUGGCUCAGCCAGAGGACUGCCCAGAUGUGGCCACAACAGGGGGCGUUGCUGAAGACCCUGAGGCUGUACCUCCCAGCCAGGAAGCCACAGAGCCUGCGCUGAUUUCAGAGGACAGAUAUUCACAGACUCGGAGAAAAGAACUCCAUUUACCACUUCGGGAUGCUUCUGAGGCGUUGCCCACAGGCCAACUUGAGAACAAUGAAUUAAAUGAGCGACAGCAACCUGAUCCCUCAGACAGUGAUGGGAAGUGGCUGCGUGGUCAGACUGACUCAGAGGGCUCUGGGAAUGCACUUUGUGAAAAGAAUGGAAUAUCUGACCUAAGUGCACGGCUGCCUGAGGUGUUUAUGGCCCCAGAGGAAAAGGGAGAUGAGGAAGACCAAGUCAAUAAAGAAACCGAAGACUAUUUGAACAGCCUUCUGGAAGGGUGCUUAAAAGACUCUGAAGAAGAUUCCCUUUCAUAUGAAGACAACCCAGACCUUUCUCCUGAGGAAGGGUCCUACAGCCUCCAGGAGAAUCUGCCUUCCGAUGACAGCUGUCUUUCUCUGGAUGAUCUUGCCAAAAGGAUACAAAUUGCAGAGGUUGUCCCCACUGAAGGCCUGGUCUCUAUAUUAAAGAAGAGGAAUGAUUCUGUAGGGGAUCCUUCUGCCCAGAUGCAGAAGUCAUCCAAGCGAAGAGUGAGAUUUCAAGAAAUAGACGAUAACUUGGAUCAAGAUGAAGUUGGAAGUGGAUCCUGUAUUUUACUGAUCUUGCUGUGCAUAGCAACGGUUUUCCUUAGUGUUGGAGGCACUGCAUUAUACUGCACUUUCGGUGACAUGGAGUCACCUGUUUGUACAGACUUUGCAGACAACAUGGACUUCUAUUACACUAAGUUACUGCAGGGAAUGGCAGAACUUAAACACUGGAUCUACCUCUCCUAGCAGCAUUCAAGAGGGACAAGCAUGCUGGCAGUGAGAAUGAAAGAUGUGAAACUUUCUAAAUCUCUUUUAUUUCAGGAGUUCUGUAACCUUCCCCCUGUCCCCCCAGUAAGGAGCCAAGGAUGUCAGAAACAGUGACUCUAAAUGGCCAUCCAGAUGAACCAUGUUACAGUCAUCCAUAUAAUGAGGCAGAAAUCAGUCUAAGCAGAGUGGGUGGAAGGAAAGAUCUCGGGGGAGCUUCCCCAGCUCCUCUUCCCUGCCUCCCAGUGUGGGAGGUACACUGAGCAGAGUUGUGCAGGACAGUCUGUACAACCACACUGUUUUUUUAGCUAUCUUGUCAGGCUAAUGGUUAAAGGAUAAUUUGGGUUUACAUUUGUUGGUCCAUAGACAUUGCUUCCAGUCAUCAUGUAAUAAGUUUGUGUACUCAAAUUACCUUAAGAAUUUCAAGGUCAUUUUUUAGUUAACCUUGGGAGCUAUGUAAUUUAGGAUUUUUUUGCAUUAUUUUCAGAUCCUGUUUUCCACUUGUGAAAUUGUUGGGUGUGUGUGUGUAUGUUUCAGGCAGUUAUCAUGAGCAAAUAUCAGACAUAGAGUAACAGAUUAUCUUUAUUCUUUUAUCUUGACUAUGAUGUGCAGGCACAAAUCUAUGAAGAAGGCUUAACCAUGGACUAGAUGAACUGUAGAAAUCUUGGCCCUGAAGUGAGAAACUGUGACAGAUAUGUGUCAGUUUAACAUGAUUAAGUAGACAGAAAUUAAUCACAGGCAUGGAGGCAAAAUUGAAGAACCCCCUACCCCCACCCCCGGAGUCUCAGGCAGCCGCCUCGUCAUGGACUCAGUGCUGAAAUGAUGAGUGCUGGACUCCGCUCACUGCAGCAGAUGCUCAUCGGGCACCUGUCACACUCUGAGAGUCCAAGACCCAGAUACGAAUAUAAAUAAGAUGGAGUUCCUGCUACUGAUGCUUUAAUUCUGGUCUUACAUAAGGAAAACCAGUACUUCAGCAAGUGAAAUUAAGUCACCAUGUAUAAAUCAGUAUUAGGAUAUCAUACAUUCAAGUGCUUGAAUGUACAAUCAUAUCACGGGCUUGAUUUACUCUGUUGUGGGGUCAUUAAGUGAAAAUUCAGUCAUACUUUAGUAGGCAAAUUGUCAUUUGUGUUUAAAUCUGUCAAUUAGGCGGCCUUUCCUUAUUGCAGAUACACUGGUCCCACGUUUAGGAAGCCUUCCUUGCUUUGACUUUUUAUAUCCUACACAGCAUUUUAAAACAAACAUGAAUUAUAGUUUUUUAGCCAGGUGAUUAUGAUUUCCUGUUUUUCUUUUAGGAUCAUUUAGAAGAAAAAGGGGGAAAUUACUUCCUAGUUAUUACUGGCUGGUUCAGUACCUCCUUUUGUGUUUUUGCUUAUUUAUUUAGGUUGUAUGAAUUUUAAAGGGCUUUUUAUGUAAGUUGAAAGUAUGUUGCAGAGCAUGGGUUUGCUUAUCCCAAUGUUAGAUAUUUAAUUACUGUGUUCUUAGUAUUUUGAUUUUCUCUCAUUCAGAUUGGUGUGUUUUUAGGCUUGUUUAUUUUUAAAUGGAUGUUUCAUUUUCACUUUAUAUUACUGUUUGAUUUGUCUAUCAUGUCACUAUAAACUGUAAUAUUUUCAAGGGUUAUAGAUCAAAGCUAUUUAUUUAGAAGUGUACAAGAUACUGAAAUUUAGAUUCCUUAUGCCUAAGGCUGAUUUUAUUAGAAGAUUAUUUUAAUGUUCUAUUAUGAAUUUUAAGAAUUUAUAUUCAAAUUGUAUGUAAAUUAUGUAAAAUGUUCAACGGUACUAUUUUAAGUGGCUCUGUACAAGCCAUCCACAGGGUCUAGUGUAGUCAUAGCCAGCAUCUUCUGUUUGACCCUCAUACUUCCUAGUUACAGAAAUUUGGUGAUGCUUAUCUGCCAAUUUUGUGUCAAGAUAAGUUUAUCUUGUCCCUCCUGUUCACCUCUGUCAGGUCCCUCUCAGAGUCCUAUAUAUGGUUGUUAUAUUUGCCAAUGGGUCACCAGGGCCACUUCUGAAACCCAAGAUUUCCUGGGAUCCUUCACACCAAAAUGAAAAAAGUAAGAUAAUGCUUUGGUAAUCAGUCUCGGAGAAACUGUGAUAUGUCCUCACCACUUCCCAGGGACGGUGAGGUGAGCACAGGAGCACACUGGUAUCUUGACCUAAAAUAGGCAUGAAGUCUCAACUAGAAAAAUUAAGUCAGCUUUUAAAGAUGUAACAGUCAUUUAUCGCAUGAGUUGGAGUAAUUCCACCUGAUGGUGACAGAAUUGUUAGCUACACACAUGAAAAAAUUCAUCCAACUUUACUAAAAUGUAAUUUCUACUGUCAUUGGAAAAUAUCCACAACUCUCUGUAACCAAUCUUCCUUAAGAACUGUAUUUGAGGGUAUCAAAUCAAGCUUGUGAUUUAAAAUUUACACCAACAAA